AUGCGAUUUCUUUAUCUUGGUAAAAAUGAGCUUAAACUUUUACCAGUUGAUAUAUUUGAUACAUUGAAAUCACUUUUGAUUCUUAAUCUGAACAGUAAUGAACUGACAAUAUUACCAGAAGGCAUAUUCAGGAACCUAAAAUCACUGCAUCGUCUUGUCCUCCAAAAUAAUAACCUUCACAAAGUACCUGCUGACAUCUGCCAUUACAUGCCAGGUUUGACUGAACUGUACUUGCAUGGAAAUAAUAUAAGUGCAUUGCCACCUGAUUACAUGGAUAAUGUCAAGAAAAUACAUGAAAGUGAUUUCUGCAUGAAUGCAACAACACCAGUUUACACAACAACAAUCACAACAUCAGGCAUAUCAACAAAAAUAUCAGAAGGAUCAACCAAAGAAACACAACAAUCUGACCAAUCAACACAAAGAUAUGACCAAACAACACAAGCAUCUGACAAAACAACCAAACAAUCUGACGAAUCAUCACAAAGAUCUGACCAACCAACAAAAUCAUCUGAUCAAUCAACACAACAAUUUGACCAAUCAACACAAAGAUAUGACCAAACAAAACAAUCAUCUGACCAAACAACCCAACAAUCUGACGAAUCAUCACAAAGAUUUGACCAAACAAAACAAUCAUCUGACCAAACAACACAACAAUCUGACCAAUCAACACAAAGAUCUGACCAACCAACACAAUCAUCUGGCCAAAUAACGCAACAAUCUGACCAAUCAACACAAAGAUCUGACCAACCAACACAAUCAUCUGACCAAAUAACGCAACAAUCUGACCAAUCAACACAAAUAUCUGACCAAACAACACAAGCAUCUGACCAAUCAACGCAACAAUCUGACCAAUCAACACAAAGAUCUGACCAAACAACACAAAUAUCUGACCAACCAACACAAUCAUCUGACCAAAUAACACAACUAUCCCACCAAACAAAAAGAUCUGGAAAAUCAACACAACAAACUAACCAAAGUACACAAAUACCUGAUCCAACAACAAAACAAUCAGAUGAAAUAAUAAAAUCACUUGAACUAAAUGCCUUAUCGGAGCAACAACAUAGAGAUCAUGCCUUAAUUGUAGGUUUGGCUUGUGGAAUGUCAGUUUCAAUCCUACUGGUUAUCAUAUUAGUAUUAUACCUCAUAUACAAAGCAAUAGCUAAACGACAUUCAUCAUUUUUUAUGACAAGCGAGGCGCCAUAUUAUGAAAAGGAAUCAUACAUGUAAAGAGAUAUCGAAAUAUAAAUGACAAAAAAUACAUGGAAUAAUACAUCUAAAUAAGUGGAGUUAAGAAAUAUAUAUUGAUUUGCAUAAACACAGAAACACAAAUAGACAGACAGAAGCGGGACAUUCUUGUUAAGAGUCUGUUGGGAAAAUUUACGCUUAAGAAGACUCAGGACUCAACCAGUUCAUGGCAAAAACAUAUGUACCAAGAAGAUAAAGGACCAAUUGAUCACCUUUUCAAGUGGGAACAAGGGCAUAAUUUUGAAAUUUUCGGAAUAUGCAUUUUUGACUCACAUUUUUUUUAUUUUGGCCCAUGAGCAAAACAUUUGAAGGAUGAAACUGAAAAUUUAGUCUGUACAUUAAGAACAUGAUGGAUUUUGAGAAGUAGAAUAUAAGGGGAUUUUGGAGAUAUUGAGUGUCAAAUUACAGCCCAUUUUUUAUGCCCACCCAAUAUAUAGAAAACAGAACUGUUACAAUAUACUUUGGCAUAUGUAUUGAUAAAGAUAUUUGCUUUAGGAUACUCUAGCAUGUGUAUAUUGAUAAAGAUAAAUGUUUGACUAUACUUUGGCAUGUGUAUAUUGAUAAAGAUAAAUGUUUGACUAUACUUUGG